AACGCAGCUGCUCCCCCUCCACCGCCGCACACGCGAACCAACCCCGCCCCCACCUACCUUCCCUUCCACGCUGCUGCUGCGCGCGCGGCGCCAUGGUAGCAGCCACAGAGGAGGAACCGUCCAAAGGAGGAUCAGAGGAAGCUUUGGCCGUCGUGAAUCCUGCGGGCCAAGCCGCCGUCACAGGGUCGGGCGACAGCGCGGACCAUCAGACCGGCGAACCCGACGCGACGAUUACGAGGCCGCCGUCGCGUAAUAGUUACGCGGCCGUCGUCAUCGGCGGCACCUUCGACCGCCUGCACCGCGGCCACCACCUCUUCCUCCAGGCGGCGGCGGAGCUGGCGAGGGAGCGGAUCGUGAUCGGCGUCUGCGACGGCCCGAUGCUCGCCAAGAAGAAG